AUCUUCUUCCUCUCUUUACUCCGGCAUCUGGCGACUAAGUUGGAACGAGAUGGCGUCCGCUAAAUCCCCCGUCGUGGACAUUCACACCCAUGUCUACCCACCCUCCUACAUCAAGCUCCUAAAAUCCCGCUCCAGCAUCCCCUAUAUCCGCUCCUUCCCUCCAUCUCCCGCUCUCCGCCUUGUCAUUCUACCGGCUGAAGACACAGAGAGCACUUCGCGAGGACGUCCAGUGGGGCCGGAGUAUUACGACAUCAACAAGAAAAUCGAGUUCAUGGACACGCACUCCAUCGACAUCUCCGUCAUCUCUCUUGCAAAUCCAUGGUUAGACUGGGUCCCAGCAGCCGAGGCGGCAAAAGCAGCAGGAAGGAUUAACAGUGAGGUCAAUGAAGAAUGUGGAAAGUUUCCGGGAAGGUUAUUUGCGUUUGGGACUUUGCCAUUGAGUGGUGGGAAGGAUAUCAUUGUCACGGAGAUUGCAAGAUUGAAGGAGCUGAAAUAUAUGAGGGGAAUUAUUCUCGGAACUACAGGGCUUGGGAAGGGGCUGGAUGAUCCAGAACUGCUUCCCAUUUUCCAAGCUCUACAGGAUGCGGAGCUACCGAUUUUCUUGCAUCCGCAUUAUGGGUUGCCCGGGUCGGUAUGGGGAGAGAGGGCGAGUGAUUAUGGGCAUGUGCUACCACUUGCUCUGGGAUUCCCACUCGAGACUUCGAUUGGGGUCACUAGAAUGAUACUGUCUGGUGUUUUUGAGAAGGUUCCAGAUUUGCAGAUGAUCUUGGCUCAUUCUGGAGGAACUCUACCUUUCUUGGCUGGAAGGAUCGAGUCUUGCAUCGAGCACGAUGCUCAUUUGAAGGCAGAGGGGAAACUGGGCAAAAGGAGAAAGACAGUAUGGGAUAUCUUAAAGAAGAACAUCUACUUAGAUGCAGUGAUCUACGGCGAGAUUGGACUGAAGGCUGCGAUACAAGCAAGUGGGGAGGACAGAGUCAUGUUUGGGACAGACCAUCCGUUUUUCCCGCCACUGGACGAAGAGGGAGGGAAAUGGUUGAGCGUUGAGACCAACUAUGAAGCAAUCAAGUCAGCACUGGGAAGUGGGAGUGAAGAAGCAAAGGGUGCUUUGGGAGGAAAUGCCAUUAGGGUGCUGAACCUAAGAGUAUGACCAAUGCCAUCAUUUCCGAUACCCAGGACCUGGCCAGUUCGUGGGAAGGAAAGACCCAGAACUCCAUAUACACCCAAUAUAUCCAACAUGGCCUGCUCUGUUGUGAUUGAAGCGAUCUUAUCGAAAGCCUACUGAAGUUAGUAAUCCGGAAUGUCCCUUUUGUUUUGGUACUUACUACAAUAUUUGAUCUAUGUUCUCUC